AUGAACAAACUGCGCAGUCCGGUCCAGAUUCUGUCGACGUUCGUUCUCGGACUCCUACUCCCGUUUGCAUUCUACGUCUUCUGCGACAGUGCGAUCGGCAUCGACAUCUCGCCCAUCUGCUACCUCGUCGUUGUCUUCAUGCUCGUGCUUACCGCGCUCGUCGUGUGGAUCGAAUGUUUCCUCGCCGUAUUCAACCGAGAACCUGUACCUGAAGAACCAGGAUCGCCUUAUCCACCGGCUUCCGCAAUCAUCGCAGCGUAUCUUCCCAACGAGUCGGACACUAUCUUGGAGACAAUAGAGGCCUUUCUCAACGUUGAAUACCCCGCGCCACUUCAGGUCAUCUUGGCGUACAACACGCCACGCGACAUGCCCGAGAUGGAGAGCAUCCUCGCUGAGAUGGGAAGGCAGCGCCCCGAUCGCUUCCUCCCUUACCGCGUCAUCCAUUCCCGUUCCAAGGCCGAGAACGUGAACGCCGCCGUGAAGCUGAUCAGAGGCGAGUUCGUGGGUGUAUUCGAUGCGGAUCAUUGUCCGGCGCACGACUCGUUCAUGCGCGCCUGGAAGUGGCUUAGCAACGGGUACGACAUCGUGCAAGGGCAUUGCCUCGUGCGAAACGGCGACGACAACUGGGUUGCGCGCGCCGUCGCAGUCGAGUUCGAGACGAUCUACUCUAUCGGCCAUCCCGGGUCAGAGUCUGUUCACCAGUUCGGCUUCUUCGGCGGCUCCAACGGUUUCUGGAGGUCGGGGCUUCUCGCGCAAAUCGGAAUGGAUGCUUCCAUGCUGACGGAGGAUAUCGAUUCCUCCAUCCGUGUGCUUCUAGCCGGUGGUCGCAUCAAGUCGGACCCUGGUCUUAUUUCUUCGGAGCUUGCGACGACGACGUUAAAGCAGAUUUGGAAUCAGCGCAUGAGAUGGGCACAGGGCUGGUUCCAGGUGUCGAUGCGCCAUUUCUUUGCCGGCAUGACCUGCCGAAACCUCUCUGUGUGGCAACGAUUCGGGCUCUUCCAUCUGUUCGUGUGGCGCGAAAUCUACCCGUGGCUGUCCCUUCAGAUCCUCCCGCUUCUGUGCUUCAUCGCGUACAAAAUGAAGGGCUUCGGAUCCAUCAACUGGUUGGACUUCGUUUACCUGGGCACCACCGUGUUCACCUUCUCCUGUGGGCCUGCUCAAAUCAUCUUCGCUUAUUUCAAAUCUGAGAAAACCAUCAAGAAAAGAGCCGCGUGGUGGUGGUUUUACUUCUUCUUCGCGAUGAUUUUCUACACUGAGUUCAAGAACGUGAUCGCGCGGGUGGCGCACAUAAAGGAGUUCAUGAAGGAGAAGGCGUGGAUGGUUACGCCUCGGACAGUCUCGACUCAAAGACAAGCGUUCAAGGAGUUGAGAAAAGGGGGUGGAGGCAUGGAGGUUGUCGUGAGAUGA